AUGGAGUUGUGUUCCCAUAGUCUCGAGAAUAUUCUUCAACACAAACCACAAGAGGCCAUAAGAGACCUCAAACCCGACAAUAUAUUAGUGGCUGAGACUGUAAGAAACGGCAGGUAUUUAAAAGUGAGUGAUUUUGGGUUGGUGUCACUGCACACCAGCUCUUCUGGAAGUCAUACCACAGGAGUGGGAACCCUUAAAUACAUGGCACCGGAAUUCCCCGGAAUUGAGUAUUUACUCGGGAUAUGA